AAAUAGAUAGAGACUCUUUACAAGGCCAAGAUGAUGUGAUGCUAACUUCUGCAGAUUCUUUGGAGUUUGAUAAAUCAGAUAAGCCGCCAGAUGUCAUGCAGAUGUCUGUUGAAUCUGCUGCUUGGAGCAGCAUGGGUAGUUCCGGUUUGUCAAAAUCAUCACAAGAGACAAUCAGAUCGCAAAGUGACUCAAGUCAUUCUCAUGACUUGAUGCAGGUUUCUGCAGAAUCUGCAGAAUUCAAAUACAAGCACAAAAUGACUGAGGAAAAAUCACAAAUCAUAGAACAAUCCUAUACACACAAAUCAGAAAGCCAAACAAAGACUCAUACAACAGAAGUGAGACACGUAUCUCAAACUUCUUACGACACCAAUCCAUUCCUAGAAACCGAAGAAGAGUAUGAAUCCUAUGAACAAUAUAACAAAGAGCAAAACUUCAAGUUUGACAUGGAGCCAACAGUUUCUUCAAGUCCCUUCCUUUCCCAUGGUCCAUACCAAGAGAAAAAGAAAGUAUUUACAAUGGCUGAAUGGGAAGCAAUGAAACAGUCAAAAAAGAACAAAUCUCCCAGCCCUGAAAUGAGCCCCCCUAGAGACCCUGCACCCACUUCUUCCCACCCUGUCUCUGACCACUCCUCUUCUCCCACUAGCCAGCCCCACAUAGGACUUGCUACUUCGGAGACAAGCGACUCUAGUCGAGCAGCACAUGGGGAGGAGGAAGAAGAAGGGGAUCCCGAUCUGAUGGAAGGAGACGACAGCAUUGGCAGCAUGAACAGUUCACUGACCACCUCAGUCGAUGGAGCUGAGUCUACAAAGCUGAUGCUGAAGAAGGAGAUCCACAUGAAGACCACCAUCGGACCAGACGGUCGCGAGCAGACCAUGGUAAAGGAGGACAUCCAGGUGCGACAGGAAAACGAUCCCCCGGAGGAACUACGUGACAGCAUGCAGGAGAUUAUUAACCAGUUCAUGGUGUCUGAAAUGCCACAACAGAGACAGGCACUUGAAGAUGAUGUGUAAAGAUGCACUGCACAGCAGAUGCAGCAAGACUUGACAUCUGCUCAUCCCAGAGCAUCUGCCGUCUGCUGCAGUCUCAUUGUGGUGCUUCUUCUGGUUACCAGUGCUUCAUCCAGGGUAUGAUGGACGAUGGACAUUUUGGACAUAACAGGGAUUAAUAAUCAGGACAUAAUUGCAUGGAGGAAACUGAUCAAAUGACUGUCUACUUCCUGGAUAUUGAAUUUCACUAUAUCCUGGAUUAAGCACUAUAAUUUCGGCUGUUGAGCAACUAUUACUUGCCACUUACAACCCAUUUUCAAGGAACAAUUUUAUUUUUUUUGCAGUGUUUACAUUGUCACUGGAACUGAAGUAUUUUAUUACACAAGUAUGAUUUCAUUUCUUUCCUCUAUUGGCAGUAGCAUUUCCAACUAUGUACAUGGAUCAUUUGUCAUGUAACCUUUCGGCAAAUAUUUACACCUAAAAUCUUCAUCAAGCUUAGCAUUUUAUCAACGGCAUUCCUCUAUUUUCGACAAGAGAUUGAGCCAAGUUGGUACACUUUGUUUACAGUGGUAUGCAAGAUGUCUGCUUGGAAACAACUACCUUCGUAUUCCAUUCUAGGUGAUGUAAAUGCAAAUCAGACAUACUUCAUUCUAUAAUAUUUGCUGUGUUUGACUGAUGUGUUGUUUGAGCUUCACUUUUGGCUUGAUAAUACUUACAGCUACUGCCAAUAGUCAACCAUGUUUCAAUCGAGGGGCAUAUUGGGAAAAGAUUGCCUUCUUUUAUGAAAGAGAUAUGGAAUGAUGAUAUUCCACUCACAGCACUACAGAAUUUUGUACCACAUUAUGCAUUACCAUUCCAGAGGAUGCCUAGCACUGCCAGUAUGCCCUUCAAAAUGUUUGACAGGUCUGGUUUGCACCUGCAAGUGACAUUAUUUAUUACACUGACGAUUUCUGUUACUGCUUCCAUUUUGUCUGCAAAUUCUGACAUUUUGCAUGUUUUGAAAUAAUGUUCAUGACUUAUAUACUCUACAAAUGUGACAGACAUUGAUGAUACUUGAUGUAACCAGAUCCUGGACGUACACCACAUCGCUCCUAUCCAGAUCGGCCCCAUUCAGUCUGGAUUGGACCGAUUGUACAUUUCACCCAAACUGAAAUUGACAAGGGUUGAUGUUUGACGAUACGGUACUCGUGUUUUAUGUGGACGGUAGGCUGCUGUAAUUCAUUGAUAUUGGUGUAAUUAAUGCAUUUUUCUGAAGUCUAUGGAUACCGAACUAAAGUGGUUUGUGGGAUUAUAAUGGAUUUUAAUUUAUCAGCACGUAUUUGUAAAUUUAGGUGCCUGAGUUUCUAGCCAUAUCUAUUUGUACAUGACACAGUGUUUUAGUAAAUUGAGAUGACUACUCUGUUAGUGCCUCUGAUGUGACUGUAUCUGUUCUGAGCAAAGAUCUCCCUAGAUGUACACAGCUCUGCUUUCUUUUUUAUCAUAUCUGACUGAGAUCUGUUUUAGAAUGUAUUGCCUCCGUUAAACCAUCCAUAAUGUUGUGAAGUUAUAUGAUUAAUCUCAUCUUAAUAAAUGCUUUAGUAUGCCAUACAA